GGCGGGGGCAAUGCCUCCCGCAUACGUGAUGAAGCGGGCGGCCGGGCUGGGCUCCGCCGGCAGCAGCCGUGAGCCGUGAGCCCGGGCGCCUCCGCACUGCAGCCCCCUCCCACCGGCGCGGGGGGCGGCGCGGGGACGCGGCUGCUGCGGAGCGAGAGCUCCAGCUCCGGCGGCAGCGAGCGGCCGCGGCACCGGCGCCAUGCUGAACAACCUGACCGACUGCGAGGACGGCGACGGCGGCGCCAGCCAAGGCGAUGGCAAUCCCAAGGAGAGCAGCCCCUUCAUUAACAGCACGGACCUGGAGAAGGGCAAGGAGUACGAUGGCAAGAACAUGGCCCUCUUCGAGGAGGAGAUGGACACCAGCCCUAUGGUCUCGUCCCUGCUGAGUGGACUGGCCAAUUACACCAACCUGCCACAGGGCAGCCGGGAGCAUGAGGAGGCUGAGAACAAUGAUGGAGGCAAGAAGAAGCCGGUGCAGGCCCCACGGAUGGGCACCUUCAUGGGUGUCUACCUGCCCUGCCUUCAGAACAUCUUCGGAGUCAUCCUCUUUUUGCGCCUCACCUGGGUGGUGGGGAUCGCUGGCAUCAUGGAGUCAUUCUGCAUGGUCUUCCUCUGCUGCUCCUGUACGAUGCUGACGGCCAUUUCCAUGAGCGCGAUCGCCACCAACGGUGUGGUGCCAGCGGGUGGCUCCUACUACAUGAUCUCACGCUCGCUGGGACCUGAGUUUGGUGGGGCUGUGGGGCUCUGCUUCUACCUGGGCACCACCUUUGCGGGUGCCAUGUACAUCCUGGGCACCAUCGAAAUCCUGCUGGCCUACAUCUUCCCAGCCAUGGCCAUCUUCAAGGCAGAGGAUGCCAGCGGGGAGGCAGCUGCAAUGCUCAACAACAUGCGUGUGUAUGGCACCUGUGUGCUGACCUGCAUGGCCACCGUGGUGUUCGUGGGUGUCAAGUAUGUCAACAAAUUCGCCCUGGUCUUCCUGGGCUGUGUCAUCCUCUCCAUCCUUGCCAUCUAUGCUGGAGUCAUCAAAUCUGCCUUUGACCCACCAAGCUUCCCGAUCUGCCUCCUGGGCAACAGGACCCUCUCACGCCACGGCUUCGACCUCUGCACCAAGAUGGUGGUGGAGGGGAACGAGACAGUUGGCUCCAAGCUCUGGGAGCUUUUCUGCACCUCCCGUUUCCUCAAUGCCACCUGUGAUGAGUACUUCACCAUGAACAACGUCACUGAGAUCGAGGGCAUCCCUGGUGCUGCCAGUGGCCUCAUCCAAGAGAACCUCUGGAGCUCAUACCUGACCAAGGGCGUGAUCGUGGAGAAGCGGGGGCUGCCCUCGGUGAGCUCCCCCGACACGCCGGUGGACAUGGACCAGCCCUACGUCUUCAGCGACAUGACGUCCUACUUCACCCUGCUCGUGGGCAUCUACUUCCCCUCGGUGACAGGCAUCAUGGCUGGCUCCAACCGCUCGGGAGACCUGCGGGAUGCCCAGAAGUCCAUCCCCACGGGCACCAUCCUGGCCAUUGCCACCACCUCUGCGGUCUAUAUCAGCUCUGUUGUCCUCUUUGGAGCAUGCAUCGAGGGGGUCGUCCUGCGUGACAAGUUUGGUGAGGCUGUCAACGGGAACCUGGUGGUUGGCACCCUGGCGUGGCCGUCCCCGUGGGUCAUUGUCAUUGGCUCUUUCUUCUCCACCUGCGGGGCGGGGUUGCAGAGUCUCACCGGCGCCCCCCGCCUCCUGCAAGCCAUCUCCAGGGAUGGGAUCGUUCCCUUCCUCAGGGUCUUUGGCCAUGGCAAAGCCAACGGGGAGCCGACAUGGGCCCUGCUGCUCACAGCCUGCAUCUGCGAGAUCGGGAUCCUGAUCGCCUCCCUGGACGAGGUGGCUCCCAUCCUCUCCAUGUUCUUCCUCAUGUGCUACAUGUUUGUGAACCUGGCGUGUGCGGUUCAGACGCUGCUGCGGACGCCCAACUGGCGGCCCCGCUUCCGCUACUACCACUGGACCCUGUCCUUCCUGGGCAUGAGCCUCUGCCUGGCGCUGAUGUUCAUCUGCUCCUGGUACUACGCACUGGUGGCCAUGCUGAUCGCUGGCCUCAUCUACAAAUACAUCGAGUACCGCGGGGCGGAGAAGGAGUGGGGUGACGGGAUCCGGGGCCUGUCCCUGAGUGCAGCCCGCUAUGCCCUGCUGCGCCUGGAGGAAGGGCCCCCACACACCAAAAACUGGAGGCCGCAGCUGCUGGUCCUGGUCCGUGGGGAUCAGGAGCAGAACGUGGUGCACCCGCAGCUCCUGUCCUUCACCUCGCAGCUCAAGGCUGGGAAGGGCCUCACGAUCGUGGCCUCGGUGUUAGAAGGGACCUUCCUGGACAACCACCCUCAGGCACAGAGGGCAGAGGAGUCCAUCCGGCGCCUGAUGGAGGCAGAGAAGGUGAAGGGCUUUUGUCAGGUGGUGAUCUCCUCUAACCUGCGGGAUGGCAUGUCCCACCUGAUCCAGUCCAGCGGGCUGGGGGGGCUGCAGCACAACACAGUGCUGGUGGGCUGGCCCCGCAGCUGGCGCCAGAAGGAGGACCACCAGACCUGGAGGAACUUCAUUGAGCUGGUGCGAGAGACCACAGCUGGGCAUCUGGCCUUGCUGGUGGCCAAGAAUGUUGCCAUGUUUCCGGGCAACCAGGAGCGGUUCUCGGAGGGUCACAUCGACGUCUGGUGGAUUGUCCACGAUGGGGGGAUGCUGAUGCUGCUGCCCUUCCUGCUGCGGCAGCACAAGGUGUGGCGUAAGUGCAAGAUGCGCAUCUUCACGGUGGCACAGAUGGAUGACAACAGCAUCCAGAUGAAGAAGGACCUGACCACGUUCCUGUACCACCUGCGCAUCACCGCAGAGGUGGAGGUGGUGGAGAUGCAUGAGAGUGACAUCUCUGCUUACACCUAUGAGAAGACUCUGGUGAUGGAGCAGCGUUCCCAGAUCCUCAAACAAAUGCACCUCACCAAGAACGAGCGGGAGCGGGAGAUCCAGAGCAUCACGGAUGAGUCCCGUGGCUCCAUCCGGCGCAAGAACCCGGCCAACACCCGCCUGCGCUUGAACGUCCCCGAGGAGCAGGCUGCUGAUGGCGAGGAGAAGCCAGAGGAGGAGGUCCAACUAAUCCACGACAAGAAUGCCACCACCUUCUCCAGCAGCUCUCAGUCUCCUGGUGAUGAGGUGGAGGCAGCCCCUGAGAAGGUGCAUCUCACCUGGACCAAGGAGAAGUCCGUUGCUGAGAAGAACAAGAGCAAGAGCCCUGUCAGCCCUGAGGGCAUCAAAGACUUCUUCAGCAUGAAGCCGGAGUGGGAGAACCUGAACCAGUCCAACGUGAGGAGGAUGCACACGGCUGUGAGGCUCAAUGAGGUGAUUGUGAAGAAGUCCCAGGAUGCCAAGCUGGUCCUGCUGAACAUGCCAGGGCCUCCCCGUAACCGGAAAGGGGAUGAGAACUACAUGGAGUUCCUGGAGGUGCUGACGGAGCAUCUGGACAGAGUGCUCCUGGUGCGUGGUGGGGGCCGGGAGGUCAUCACCAUCUACUCCUGAAGGACGGCGUGAGAGAGGUUUGUCUGCACACGGAGAGCCCCGCCACCCCUUUGCACCGCGCUCCCGGAGGGGAGGAGGGAAGGCCGGAUGGCAGCCGGUGCGCAGAACCUUCUCCUGGCUUUGGCCGUGCCCCUGAUCUCUCCAUUCGAACUGCAGCACCAGAUCUUCCGGGAGCAUCCAGCACCAGAGCAGCUGUUCCUCAUUGCAACACCACAGCACUGCUGUCCUUGUUUAUAUAUAAAUAUAUACAGUGAACCGCGGACUGAGCACCAGAGCUCGGCGCUGCCGCCGCCGCCCGCCCGCCCUGGCAGGGCCAGCCCCGCUGCCAGCCCCAGCACUGCCGCUGCAGCCCCUGCCGGGCCGGAGGGCGGCUGUGCCGAGACGGACCUUGGCCCCACCGUGCUGCUACUCCUGCACAGACUCGGCUGGACGCGCCCGUGCCCUGUGCCCCGUGCCCGCCGCCAGCCCCGCGUCUCCCUUGGGGCCCUGCGAGGAGAGAGAGGCCUGCAGCACCACGCUCCGCUCGCCGGGCGCUCCCGUCCCCACCUCCGGUAAUGCUCCCCCGCCGCCCCUCACCACCACCGGACAGCCCCAGCUCGCCGCUGCCUCGGCACCGAUGUCUCUGGAAACUGCGGGCUGAGCUUGUGGAGAUGCAGCACGAUGGUUUGGAGGAGGCAGAGGGUGGGGGGCGGCCGUGCGGGGUCAGGUGCUGGAGCGCAGCAAGGCCGUGAGAGCACAGGAGCCCUGACCUACGGUGGCUGAGGGUGCUCCCCGUUCCCCCUGCCUGACUCCAGGCUCUCUGUUCCCUGGGGCUUGCGCAGGAACCGCGGUGUGGAGCUGCGGUGUUGGGAGCCGCACAGGGGCCCUGCCGUGUGAGCGGGAGCUGGGCACCCCCGAGGCACCAGUGCCUGCUGUGGCCUGGCACAGGGGUGUCCCGGACCCCCACCCUGCUCCCCCGCCGCACUAAACUGGGGGCUCUCAGGGCCCAGCACUUGCACAUGUGUCUGGGUCCCCCCUGUGCCGCUCCCUGCUGCUCCCCAGGGCUUUGCUGCUAACCCAGCCCUGGCCGCGGCCCCAGGCAGUCGCAGAUGCUGCCGGGGGCUGUAGGACAGUCUGGAUCUGUGUGUAUUUUUAACAUAUGCAAAGGCUGUUUGCUGAUAUGACCAGCAAGACGUCACAGUGAGGGGUGGGGGGGCUGCAGGGGUCCCACUGUCCCCCCGGCAUCUUGACACUCCCUCACCCGGCUGGCCAGGGCAGCCCCGGCACGGCCACAGCCGCAGAGCCCCCCGGGGCAGAUCAAACACCUCUUAUCUUUGGCAGCAGCUGCAGGGUCGCCCCCGCCGCCGCCCCACCCCGCCCCCUUCCCCAGCAUCUCUCACAGAAGAGAAACUGAGGCGCUUUUAACAAAUGUGAACGGUUCCAGGAACCACGCAGGAAGCGGUGCGAGGGCAGCAGGGUGCCGCUGGCGCCCGCCCCAGCCCCAUGUACAUAGUGUACAUAAUACAGUACGUGUAUUUUUAAAGUGAUCAUAUUUAUGUUAAUAGAACCAGAUGAAGUCUAUAUAUAGAGAUCUAUAUCUAUUCUGAGAGAUGCAGGGCUCUGCUAGCACCAGGCCGCAGGGACGGGGAGCUGAGCCGGGCUGCUCCUGCACAAACCAGGAGCCCAUCCGUUGCACUGAGCGCUCCAGAGUGGUGGUGGAGGCUGCAGCCUUCCUCGGCCACCAGCAGCCCCUGGGAAAGGGCCAGGUCGCAGGUUUAUUCUCUUCUCAAUUUAGCUUCUUAAGAGUUUUCAGGGAAAAGAAGUCACAGACUUUUCUGAACUUGUUUCACAGCAGAUUUGAGCUUCCACUCAAAGUGCAGCCUGCUAAGAGUUGCCCUCUCCCGGCAGCGCUGGCGGCUUAGUGCCAGCCUGGGCCCUGGGGCAGCGCUUUGUCCCUGGCCAGAGCUGAGCCCCUGUGCUGAAGCACUCGCCCCCUCAGCCCCUCCAGGCGCUCCCCAGCGCUGCUGUGCCCUGAGCAGGGGCAGGGGGAGCGGGUGCUGCUCCAGCAUCCCCACGGGUGUCCAUCCAGGCAGCAGCUGCCUCCUGCCUGGCACGGGCAGCCCUGACUGCUCCCAGCUCCCUGCCCACCCCAGCCCCUGCCAGCCUUGGCUCCUGCCUCCCUGAGAACAGGAAACCCCCCUGCACCGGCCACUCCAGCCCCUGCUCCCUAUAGAGCUCCUCGACUCCAGGUCCAGGCCAAAGCUAUUUGGGGAUGCUUGGAUAGAAAGCAGUGGGUUUUUUGAUGUUGGAUUUUUUUUUGUUGUUGUAAGAUACUACUUGGACAUGCUCCUAGACCAAAACCAAGCCCCAGCUGCACAUCUGUGCCUGCUCAUACCUUGCUCCUACAUUUCCAUCACUCCCGAAGUGCCUCCCUUCUCUCCAGGAGCAGUCCCAGUCACAGCCAGACUUUCUGCCAGGGUAGCUUGGUGGCCUGUGUGGCUGCAGGUCUGUGCCACAGAUGCUGCUGUGGAAGCUGCUCCCACAGGCAUGGGGAGCUCAGCAUUUACAGGGGGACUGUCAGGCUGGGCUGAGACCUGGCUUCAGCACAGGAGCUCAGGGCUGACGAGUGGUGCAGAUGCACAGGGUAGCACUUUCUGGUCCUGCUGCUGCCUCAGCAGCCCAGGAGCUGUGAGAAGAGCAGUAGGGGUCUGCAAGUGAAAAGUUCCCUUAAGUUUGGGAAGGGCAGCCCAUGGGAACCAGCAUUUGCCAGUGUCUAGCUGCUCUGCCCCUUGGAGCUGGCCCUAUACCACCACACACAAGCUCACCGGCUGUUUCCAGCCUCCCAAAAUUAUUUGAGGCACUUCAGCAGCAGCGGGGGAGGCACAGCAGCCUGCCCACACAGCUCAUGUGUUAGCACCAUGUUGUUGGGCCUCGAGCACUUGCCAGCUGCUCUGCCUCUUCACAAGAUGCCACUCACUCCCUGCAGUUGCCCUCUAAUUGCAGUUUGGCUGCUGCCCCCUGUGCUGCUGGGCCUGAGGCAGCGAGCACGGUCCCCUCCUGCCCCGGCACAUGGCAGAGGGCAGGGACAGGUUAUGCACAGCCUCUGCUGAGCCUGCAGACAGCAGCCACCCUCACAGUGCCAGGUGAGAGGCUCCUCUGUUGGCUGCAGGUACAGAGCAGCCAGGAAUGACAUUUGCAGAGCAGUGGUGAGAGCAGCCAGGGCACACUUCUGACAGGUUUGCUUCAUCCCCCAGCAUCACCAGUGGAUCCCAUUUCCCUCAGCAUCACUUCACCCUGACGGCAAAGCCAUGGUCCCGGCUCCCCCAGGGAGCAGGAAGGCCAUUCCUUUCCAUCACUACUGCUGAAAAAAGGCAUUCUCCUUCCCCACCCUUCAGCAAGAGCAGGGGCACAGCUCUGGACAGAGUCAGGCUGCUCCCACACCCCUGCCAGGCAGUUUGGCUGUGGCAAGACAGGAGCUGGUUUCCACAGCGUGUCCCCUCGCUGUCGGCUGGAGAGGGCCAGUUUUAGCAGACAGCACUGCAUGUUAGUUUACAAACCCAGCCCUGCACGUUUGGCCUCUGUGAGUGUUCAGUUUCCCCAUGGAGCACCCUUCUGCCGCUCCACCGUGGUGAAGACAGUGUCCUCCUCUGGUACACAUGCAAGUUCCUCCUUGGCACAUGCGCAGACACGGUCCGGUUUUUGUUCCUGACAGGAAGGUCUUGACCCCCCAGUUUGUUUUACAGGCAGGCUGCUGCAGGAGCAGCACUGAGCAGCACAACCCACGGGAGGGUGGGCUGGAGCGUGGCCACAGCUGGCAGGGAGUGCUCGGCCAGCACUCAGCGCUGGUGGCAGUGCUCCAGUCCCUGCUGCAGGAGGGCCGAGCAGUCCUGGCCCCUGAGUGGCAGUGGGCAGCUCAGGUCACUGUGGAGGGCAGCUCAGGUUGCUGUGGCCACCACACAACACAGGCAGCAAGCCUCAGGGCAGCAGGGACAGGAGGCACAGGCAGCAUCCAGCCUGGGCAGAUGCUGGUCCGUGGCUGGACGAGAAGGACAAGAGACUGCACAAGGGCAAGAGUUGCACUAGAAGAGUCAAGACCCUCCUUUGUGUAGCAGGACUAAAAACUAGCAGAAAGACCGAAAGGUCUGAGAUCUGCUGGUUACAACACUUUCUGUGCUACAUGUGCAAUAUAUUUGUUAUGAAUGUUAUCACAAAGUCGGUUCAUUCAAUACUCUUUUAAUCACUGUAGCUAGAUGUUCUCUGUCCAUUCAAGUGACUUUUAUUCGAGUGCAAUAUUUCAAUAGACAUGUAGUGACCUAGAAUGCUUUGUGUUUUAGAGAAUCUGUGUGCAGAGCAAUGCAAUUAAGUUUAAAACCUUGUAAAUAAAACAGGUUGCAAACCAAAAAAAAAAAACCCCAAUAGGCUUGCAUUUAAUUUCUGUGUGUGUUUCAGUGUUGUGCAUUAGGCCGCCUCGGUGCAGACCCUGUGUUCUCUGUGCAGGUGUUCAUGGAGGAGUGGCUCCUCAGCUGUUGAAUGCUCCCUGUUACUGCUUUACUGCUUUACCUGUAUUCAUUUUUCUAGACUCCUGUCUGCACAAAAUGCAAUAAAUGAUUUUAUUACACCCUUCA